AUGCGUCUCACAACUGCACCUGCCUGGGUGGCUGCGGCGCUUCUCAGUUCUCUGGCAGCGGCUUCCACAGUCCCCAACGUCAAGCGAGCCCCGGUGCCUUACAAGGUCCAAACACCGCCUCUGGAUACGGACUGGACCUACGAGGUCGGCACCAAUCCUUGGCCAGAGCACCCUCGUCCGCAACUUCAGCGUGACACCUGGCAGAGCUUGAACGGCAUCUGGACAUAUCGAAGUGCCAGUGCUGAUGGCGCAACCGAUCCCCCGAGCGGACCUCUGGACCGCGAAACGAUGAUUCCUUCGUGCAUUGAGAGCGGUCUCUCUGGUCUCCAGGAGCUCAAUGUCACGAACAUGUGGUUCGCGAGAGACUUCAAGGUGCCUCGCUCUUGGAGCGGAAAGUCGAUCAUGCUCAACUUCGAGGCCGUCGAUUAUCAGGCAACAGUGUUCGUCAAUGGCGUAAAGGUCGGCACCAAUACCGGUGGAUACUUCCGCUUUAGCAUCGAUGUGACCAAGAACGUCAAACUGGGCCAGAACAACCACUUGGCUGUCUACGUGUUUGACCCUACCGACGCGGAUAUUAUCCCCGUGGGCAAGCAGACCAGGAACCCAAGCCACAUCUGGUAUCGGCCAUGCUCGGGUAUCUGGCAGACCGUGUGGAUGGAGAGCGUCGCGUCGAACCAUGUGACCCAGCUGGACGUCGCUGCUGAUAUGCAUGGCCAAGUCACCGCCACUGCUCACACUUCCCAGAAGGGGGAUGCAAAGGUCAAAUUCGAUGUCAUCGACAGCAGGGGCAGGGUUGUCGCCACGAAGUCGGGUUCGGCCAACACCGAGGUCAAGUUUCGAGUCCAGUCACCUAAGCUGUGGUCGCCGUCAUCGCCGAAUCUGUAUAACAUUACUGUGACCAUGGGAGACGACAAGGUCCACAGCUAUACAGGCUUCCGCAGCAUCACCACUGGUGUUGUAGAAGGCGUCCAGCGCCCCCUGCUCAACGGCAAGUUCAACUUCCUCUUCGGCACCUUGGAUCAGGGCUUCUGGCCGGACGGGCUUUAUCUGCCUCCCAACCGUGAGGCCAUGAUCUACGAUCUCAAGAUGCUCAAGAGCCUAGGCUUCAACAUGCUGCGCAAGCACAUCAAGGUGGAGCCGGAUCUGUUCUACCAGGCAUGCGACGAGAUUGGAUUGAUGGUCCUCCAAGACAUGCCCAGUCUCCCGGCCGAUGGGAACAGGCCACCAAAUGAUGCGCAGCAGGCAGAGUUCCAACGCCAGCUCGAGAUCCUUAUCAAUGAGCACAAGAGCUAUACGUCCAUUGUCACUUGGGUCAUCUACAACGAAGGCUGGGGUCAACUGAGGACUCAGCCCUUCCCCGAGGAGAAGCUCACUCAAAUUGUGCGCGAAAUUGACCCCACAAGACUCAUCAACUCGGUGACAGGAUGGAACGAUCACGGUUUUGGCGACUUCUCGGACAACCAUCACUAUGCCAACCCUCAGUGCGGCACGCCGUUCUAUUCUUUGGCCUCCUCUCCCUAUGACCCCAAGCGAAUUGGCUUCCAAGGCGAAUUUGGUGGCAUCGGACACAAUGUGUCGUCGGAGCACCUCUGGAAGGUUCAGGAAGCUGUCAAUACCAUAAACCAGACCUACGAGAUCAACGAGGAUCUCAAGGCAUACAACUACCGCGCCGGGGUUCUCUUCAGAGAGUUCCGAGAGCAAGUCGAGCGAUAUGCGUGCAGUGGCGGUGUCUGGACUCAGACGACCGACGUCGAGGGGGAGGUCAACGGGCUAUACACCUAUGAUCGACGUGUUCUUCGCCCUGACCCGAGCCAGUGGAAGUCCGAUAUUCAGGCUUUUUCUUAA